AUGAUAAUGACGAGUACGGUGCUGCCCAUUCUGUGCCUGAUGGACUGGCACUCGCCGAAGUGUCGUCUUAACGCGCCACCGCCACGGUUUGCGCCCAACUACGAUGUGUCGAGAGCGCGCGCCGGCGAAUUGGCGCGAUCUCGCGCCAAAUUCGCUGUUCAAACCGCGCACUCAGAGCGCCACUCAACUUAUUUCACAGAUUCAGCUUUUCUAGAGAGUACAGGCGAUCAAAUCGAUGGUUCGUGA